AUGUACUCGGAUGACGAUUAUAUUCCUCAGUACUGUGUGUUGGAUAGUCAACUUGACAAGGAAAACGAUUCACGCACAACCGGAAGCAGUCAGAGUACUGGGAAAGGCUCCCAACACCGGUUGCUUAGUGAGCCUUGUGCCUUAGCGAACGUACUGCCAGCCAGUCUAGCCUUGAAUCCAGUUGUGCUCAGUUAUCUGGAACUCGACCCCAAGCCUAAGACUAAAAAGACCAUUGCUCAACGCAAGAGCGUCGAAAGUCGUCAGGAGAUAGGCAGUGAACAAUCACGCGGGUGUAGCCGGAACCAGCACUUCUCAUGUCCCGGCGACCAAUAUCUUCUCAGGGGUUUAGAUGCCAUUACGGCCGAAAAUACUUUGUCGCUUGCCAAGCUAGGUAAAAGCCUGCGCCAGUUUGACAUCAAUGUGGAAAAUAAUUUGCGAAAAGUGUAUUUUUGCACCAAUAUUUUUUCGUGA